AUGGAAGCGCAGGGUCCAGGGCGGAGGCGAGAAUGUCCUGUGUGCAUAGAAGAUUCGGGGGGAGGAGGCGUGUGCACGGGGCGCGUGGGGGUAUGCGAUUCCACGGGUCCAGGCGUAGAAACCAGCAUUCUGGAACAAGGACGGGACACGGGCGGUCCUGCCUCCGUGGAGAGGAGGGUUUCCCACCGAGGCACCGUUGACUCCCAAGCUGUGGUAGCUCUGAACCUCAGAUGCCGUCACACGUCCCCUGGGGCGGGGGGCCCAGCCCUGACGGAGAGCACGGGCACACACACAGACACGCGUGUGGGAGGAGGCACGCGUGCGUGGCUGAGGGCAGACGCAGGAGAGGAGCAGCUGGCGCCCUUGGCCGCUUGUGACUGA